AUGCUGCAGAUACCAGUGAAGACUGAAGUGAAGCAGGAGGAGGUAAAAGAAGAAAACACAGUACAGGAACAACAGAGUAAGGAAGAUGAUGAUGAUGAUCAAACCUUCACAGAAACUCUGACUUCUGUCUGUAAUGCUGGAGAACAGCAGAUGCUGAUGACACCAGCGAAGAUGUGUUCAGUAAAGCUGCUGGACUGCAGGAACCUGAUGAAGAUGAGAGGAGAAAUCAAAGUAGAGGAAAAACAGAGUUAUGAAGAUGAUGACGGUCAAACCUCCACAGAGUCUCAGACUUCUGUCAGUAUUGCUGGAGAACAGCAGAUGCCAGUGAUGAUUGAAGUGAAGCUGGAGGAGAUAAAAGAACAAAUCACAGUAGAGGAACAACAGAGAGAUGAUGAAGAUUAUAUUUCUUCUGAGCUGAUGGAAGUGAAGGUGCAAUGUCAAGAAGUGGAUGAGGAACGUCAGUGUCAGAAACCUCAUGAUCUCACAACUUGCUCAGAGAUUAAGAAGAAUUUAUCACCAGAAAACCAGAAAAGAAGAGCAGCCAAAAGUACUUUCACCUGCUCAAAUUGUGGAAAGCAUUUCAGUAAGGCACAAGACCUGAAAACACACAAGAGAAUCCAUACUGUAGAAAAACCUUACAAGUGCUCACACUGUGAAAAGAGUUUCACUCUGUCGUAUAACCUGAAAACACACGAGAGAAUUCAUACUGGAGAAAAACCUUACAAGUGCUCACUCUGUGAAAAGAGUUUCACUCAGUCACCUCACCUGAAAAAACACGAGAGAAUUCAUACUGGAGAAAAACCUUACAAGUGCUCACACUGUGAAAAGAGAUUCACCUGGUCACAUUACCUGAAAACACAUGAGAGAAUUCAUACUGGAGAAAAACCUUACAAGUGCUCACACUGCGAAAAGAGAUUCACCUGGUCACAUUACCUGAAAACACAUGAGAGAAUUCAUACUGGAGAAAAACCUUACAAGUGCUCACACUGCGAAAAGAGAUUCACCUGUUUCACUGGGUCAGGACACCUGAAAAAACAUGAGAGAAUUCAUACUGGAGAAAAACCUAACAAGUGCUCACACUGUGGAAAGCGUUUCACUCGGUUAGAACACCUGAAAAAACAUGAGAGAAUUCAUACUGGAGAAAAACCUUACACAUGUUCACACUGUGGAAAGCGUUUCACUGGGUCAGAAUACCUGAAAAAACAUGAGAGAAUCCAUACUGGAGAAAAACCUUACAAGUGCUCACACUGUGGAAAGAGUUUCAGUCAGUCAUAUAGCCUGAAAACACACGAGAGAAUUCAUACUGGAGAAAAACCUUACAAGUGCUCACACUGUGAAAAGAGUUUCAUUCAGUUACAAAACCUGAAAAAACAUGAGAGAAUCCAUACUGGAGAAAAACCUUACAAGUGCUUACACUGUGGAAAGAGUUUUACUCAAAUCAGCCUCUUGAAACAGCACCAAAGAAUCCAUACUGGAGAAAACCCUUACAAGUGUUCACACUGUGAAAAGAGUUUCAGUCACUCACAAAACCUGAAAACACAUGAGAGAAUUCAUUCUGGAGAAAAACCUUACAAGUGCUCACACUGUGGAAAGAGUUUCACUCAGUCACAUGACCUGAAAUCACACAAGAGAAUUCAUACUGGAGAAAAACCUUACAACUGUUCACACUGUGAAAAGAGUUUCAAUUACUCGCAAAACCUGGAAACACACGAGAGAAUUCAUACUGGAGAAAAACCUUACAAGUGCUCACACUGUGAAAAGAGUUUCAUUCAGUCUGCACACUUGAAAAAACACGAGAGAAUUCAUACUGGAGAAAACCCUUAAAAAAGAAGAGCAGCCAAUAAUGCUUUCACCUGCUCACAGUGUGGAAAGUGUUUCACAAAUAAAAGCCUCUUGAAACAGCACCAAAGAAUCCAUACUGGAGAAAAACCUUACAAGUGCUCACACUGUGGAAAGAGUUUCACUCAGUCACAACACCUCAAAACACACGAGAGAAUUCAUACUGGAGAAAGACCUUUCAAGUGCUCAUACUGUGAAAAGAGUUUCAGUUGCUUGCAUAACCUGAAAACACACAAGAGAAUUCAUGCUGGAGAAAAACCUUACAAGUGCUCACACUGUGAAAAGAGUUUCACCCAGUCAGAACAUCUGAAAACACACAAGAGAAUUCAUUCUGGAGAAAAACCUUACAAGUGCUCACACUGUGAAAAGAGUUUCACUCAGUCACAAAGCUUGAAAACACAUGAGAGAAUCCAUACUGGAGAAAACCCUUACAAGUGCUCACACUGUGAAAAGAGUUUCACUCAGUCAAAUCAACUGAAAACACACGAGAGAACCCAUACUGAAGAAAACCCUUACAAGUGCUCACACUGUGAAAAGAGUUUCACUCAGUCAAAUCAACUGAAAACACAUGAGAGAACCCAUACUGGAGAAAACCCUUACAAGUGCUCACACUGUGAAAAGAGUUUCACCCGGUCAGAACACCUGAAAACACACAAGAGAAUUCAUACUGGAGAAAAACCUUACAAGUGCUCACACUGUGAAAAGAGUUUCACCCGGUCAGAACACCUGAAAACACAUGAGAGAAUUCAUACUGGAGAAAAACCUUACAAGUGCUCACACUGUGAAAAGAGUUUCAUUAAUUUACAAAACCUGAAAACACACGAGAGAAUUCAUACUGGAGAAAAACCUUACAAGUGCUCACACUGUGAAAAGAGUUUCAUUAAUUUACAAAACCUGAAAACACACGAGAGAAUUCAUACUGGAGAAAAACCUUACAAGUGCUCACACUGUGGAAAGUGUUUCAUUCAGUUACAAAACCUGAAAACACACGAGAGAAUUCAUACUGGAGAAAAACCUUACAAGUGCUCACACUGUGGAAAGAGUUUCAUUCAGUUACAAAACCUGAAAACACAUGAGAGAAUUCAUACUGGAGAAAAACCUUACAAGUGCUCACACUGUGAAAAGAGUUUCAAUGAGUCUCGAAGCCUGAAAACACAUGAGAGAAUUCAUACAGGAGAAAAACCUUACAAGUGCUCACACUGUGGAAAGAGUUUCACCAGGUCAGAACACCUGAAAACACAUGAGAGAAUUCAUACUGGAGAAAAACCUUAUAAGUGCUCACACUGUGGAAAGAGUUUCACAAAGUCUCAAGACCUGAAAACACACGAGAGAAUUCAUACUGGAGAAAAACCUUACAAGUGCUCACACUGUGAAAAGAGUUUCAUUCAGGUACAAAACCUGAAAACACAUGAGAGAAUUCAUACUGGAGAAAAACCUUACAAGUGCUCACAUUGUGAAAAGAGUUUCACAAAGUCACAAGACCUGAAAACACACGAGAGAAUUCAUACUGGAGAAAAACCUUACAAGUGCUGACACUGUGAAAAGAGUUUCAUUCAGUCUGCACACUUGAAAAAACGCGAGAGAAUUUAUACUUGAGAGGAGCCUGGUGAUUUGUCGGGAGUACCGGAGGAAUAUCACGAUCUGCGAACGGUGUUCUGUCUUUCCCGGGCCACUCCCCCCCCCAUCGUUCUUAUGAUUGUAGUAUCGAACUUCGUCCAGUUCGUGGUCGAGGUUAACGCGUCAGAGGUGGGCGUGGGUGCCAUCCUCUCCCAACGCUCUCCCUCGGACAACAAGGUCCAUCCGUGCGCGUACUUUUCGCAUCGCUUGUCGCCGCCUGAACGUAACUAUGACGUGGGUAACCGCGAGCUGCUCGCCAUCCGCCUAGCUCUAGGCGAGUGGCGUACAGUGUCCAUGCUGGAUAUUGAUGAUUUCAUCACAGAAAUCUCUCAGCUGAAGAAAGAGGUGACGUCACUGAAGACAAAACUGAUGGAGAGAGACGACAGGUUACAGGAGCUGGAAAAGGUUUCCUGUCAAUCUUCAGUGUGUGUGACUGAUGGGACCUCCACAGAAUGUCAGGAUUCAGUGUGGAGCGGCAGAGAUCAGUCCACACCACAGCGACUGCUGGACAAACUCUCUGAACAGAGAUCCAGAGACACACAGGACUCACAGCUCACUUUACUCUGUUCUACUGACGGUAAUCAGGGUGAUCAAACCUCCACAGAGUCUCUGACUUCUGUCUGUAACGCUGGAGAACAGCAGAUGCUGCAGACACCAGUGAAGACUGAAGUGAAGCAGGAGGAGAUAAAAGUAGAGGAACAACAGAGUAAUGAAGAUGAUGAUGAUGAUCAAACCUACACAGAGUCUCUGACUUCUGUCUGUAAUGCUGGAGAACAGCAGAUGCUGAUGACACCAGUGAAGAUGUGUUUAGUGAAGCUGCUGGACUGCAGGAACCUGAUGAAGAUGAGAGGAGAAAUCAAAUUAGAGGAACAACAGAGUAAUGAAGAUCAUGAUGAUGAUGAUCAAAUCUCCACAGAGUCUCUGACUUCUGUCUGUAAUGCUGGAGAACAGCAGAUGCUGCAGAUGCCAGUGAAGAUUGAAGUGAAGCAGGAGGAGAUAAAAGAAGAAAUCACAGUAGAGGAACAACAGGGAGAUGAAGAUGAUUAUAUUUCUUCAGAGCUGAUGGAAGUGAAAGAGCAAUGUCAAGAACAGAACGAAGUGGAGGAGAAUCUUCAGUGUCAGAAACAUCUUGAUUUCACAACUGGAGAAAAAUCUUUGAGUUAUUCAGAGACUAAGAUGAAUUUAUUACCAGAAAACCAUAAAAGAAGAGCAACCAAUAAUACUUUCACCUGCUUACAGUGUGGAAAGAGUUUUACAAAUAAAAGCCGGCUUUAUAAACACAUGAAAGUUCAUAUUGGAGAGAAACCUUACCCGUGCCAUCAGUGUGGAAAAAGGUUUGCGAAUACAGUUAGUAUCAAAGGUCAUCUCCACUCUCACUCUGGAGAGAGACCAUUUGAAUGUGACAAGUGUGGUAAAACAUUUGUUUUGAAUUCAAGCCUAAGAAAACAUCUGAAAACUCACACAGAUGAGAAUACUGGUGUGGGGGUUCAUAUGUGCUUUGCAUGUGGGAAGACCUUAACUACAGCCAGCCACUUGAAACAGCACCAAAGAAUUCAUACUGGGGAAAAACCUUACAAGUGCUCACACUGUGGAAAGUGUUUCACUCAGUCACAAGACCUGAAAUCACACAAGAUAAUCCAUGCAGGAGAAAGACCUUACAAGUGCUCACACUGUGAAAAGAGUUUCACCCGGUCAGAACACCUGAAAAAACAUGAGAGAAUUCAUACUGGAGAAAAACCUUACAAGUGCUCACACUGUGGAAAAAGUUUCACCCGGUCAGAACACCUGAAAAAACAUGAGAGAAUUCAUACUGGAGAAAAACCUUACAAGUGCUCACACUGUGGAAAGAAUUUCACCUGGUCAGAACACCUGAAAAAACAUGAGAGAAUCCAUACUGGAGAAAAACCUUACAAGUGCUCACACUGUGGAAAGAGUUUCACUCGGUCAGAACACCUGAAAAAACAUGAGAGAAUCCAUACUGGAGAAAAACCUUACAAGUGCUCACACUGUGGAAAGAGUUUCAGUCACUCACAUAACCUGAAAACACAUGAGAGAAUUCAUGCUGGAGAAAAACCUUACAAGUGCUCACACUGUGGAAAGAGUUUCACUCACUCGUAUAACCUGAAAACACACGAGAGAAUUCAUGCUGGAGAAAAACCUUACAAGUGCUCACACUGUGAAAAGAGUUUCACUCAGUCACAAGACCUGAAAAAACACGAGAGAAUCCAUACCGGAGAAAAACCUUACAAGUGCUCACACUGUGAAAAGUGUUUCACUCACUCACAUCACCUGAAAACACACGAGAGAAUCCAUACUGGAGAGAAACCUUACAAGUGCUCACACUGUGAAAAGAGAUUCACUCUGUCACAAAACCUGAAAAAACACAGGAGAAUCCAUACUGGAGAAAAACCUUAAAAAUGCUCAAGCACAACCCAGCCCUCAGCAGUGGUAGCAGCAGCAGCAGCCCAUCGUCAGCCCUCAGUAGUCAUAGCAGAAGCAGCCCAGCGUCAGCCCUCAGUAGUCAUAGCAGCAGCAGCCCAGCGUCAGCCCUCAGUAGUGGUAGCAGCAGCAGCCCAGCAUCAGCCCUCAACAGUGGUAGCAGCAGCAGCCCAGCAUCAGCCCUCAGCAGUGGUAGCAGCAGCAGCCCAGCGUCAGCCCUCAGCAGUGGUAGCAGCAGCAGCCCAGCAUCAGCCCUCAACAGUGGUAGCAGCAGCAGCCCAGCAUCAGCCCUCAGCAGUGGUAGCAGCAGCAGCCCAGCGUCAGCCCUCAGCAGUGGUAGCAGCAGCAGCCCAGCAUCAGCCCUCAACAGUGGUAGCAGCAGCAGCCCAGCAUCAGCCCUCAGCAGUGGUAGCAGCAGCAGCCCAGCGUCAGCCCUCAGCAGUCAUAGCAGCAGCAGCCCAGCGUCAGCCCUCAGUAGUCAUAGCAGCAGCAGCCCAGCGUCAGCCCUCAGCAGUGGUAGCAGCAGCAGCCCAGCGUCAGCCCUCCGUAGUCAUAGCAGCAGCAGCCCAGCGUCAGCCCUCAGCAGUGGUAGCAGCAGCAGCCCAGCGUCAGCCCUCAGCAGUGGUAGCAGCAGCAGCCCAGCGUCAGCCCUCCAUAGUCAUAGCAGCAGCAGCCCAGCGACAGCCCUCAGCAGUGGUAGCAGCAGCAGCCCAGCGUCAGCCCUCAGCAGUGGUAGCAGCAGCAGCCCAGCGUCAGCCCUCCGUAGUCAUAGCAGCAGCAGCCCAGCGUCAGCCCUCAGUAGUCAUAGCAGCAGCAGCCCAGCGUCAGCCCUCAGCAGUGGUAGCAGCAGCAGCCCAGCGUCAGCCCUCCGUAGUCAUAGCAGCAGCAGCCCAGCAUCAGCCCUCAGCAGUGGUAGCAGCAGCAGCCCAGCAUCAGCCCUCCAUAGUCAUAGCAGCAGCAGCCCAGCAUCAGCCCUCAGCAGUGCUGGAAAAGGUUUCCUGUCAAUCUUCAGUGUGUGUGACUGAUGGGACCUCCACUUCUGUCUGUAACGCUGGAGAACAGCAGAUGCUGCAGACACCAGUGAAGAUGAAGAUGUGUUCAGGGAAGCUGCUGGACUGCAAGAACCUGAUAGGAGAAUCCAAAGUAGAGGAGCAACAGAGUGAUGAAGAUGAAGCUGAAACCACAAUAGAGGAACAACAGAGCGAUGAAGAUGAUUUUCCUCCUUCAGAGCUGAUGGAAGUAGAAGAAAAAAGUCAAGAACAGAAUGAAGUGGAGGACCAACUUCAGUAUCAGAAACAUCAUGAUUUCACAACUGGAGAAGAAACUUUGAGUGGCUCAAAGACUAAGAAGAAUUUAUCACCAGAAAAGCAUCAUAAAAGAGCAGCCAAAAAUACAGUCACCUGCUCUCAAUGUGGAAAGAGUUUCCCAUUUAAUAGCCAACUUAAUAAACACAUGAGAGUUCAUACUGGAGAAAAGCCUUACACGUGCCAUGAGUGUGGAAAGAGUUUCGCAGAUCCCGUAACUCUCAAGAAUCAUCUUCGCGGUCACUCUGGAGAAUGUGAUCAGUGUGGAAAAGCAUUCGUUUUGAAAUCAGACCUAAAACAACAUCUGAAAACUCACACAAACGAGAAGCCUUUCAAGUGUUCUUUGUGUGGAAAGAGUUUUGUACGCCUGGCCUAUUUUAAAGAGCACCAGAAAAUUCAUACCGGUGUGAGCACUCAUAUGUGUUUUGAAUGCGGCAAUACCUUUACUGCAGCCAGCAACUUGAAACGUCAUCAAAAAAUUCAUACUGGAGAGAAACCUCACAAGUGCUCAUACUGUGAAAUGAGUUUCACCCUGUCACAAGACAUGAAAGAACAUGAGAGGAUCCACACUGGAGAAAAACCUUACAAUUGCUCACACUGUGAAAUGAGCUUCACCCGAUCACAAGACCUGAAAGAGCACGAGAGAAUCCAUACUGGAGAAAAACCUUACAAGUGCUCAUACUGUGGGAAAAGAUUCACUCAGUCACAUCACCUGAAAACACACGAGAGAAUCCAUACUGGGAAAAAACCUUACAAGUGCUCGCACUGUGAGAAGAGUUUCACCCGGUCACAAAACCUGAAAGAACACGAGAGAAUCCACACUGGAGAAAAACCAUUUAAGUGCUCAUACUGUGAAAUGAGCUUCACUUGGCCAAAGUCCCUGAAAGCACAUGAGAGAAUCCAUACUAGUUAGAUGCAUCUAAUUAUUGUGAUGACUCCACCACAAGAUGGCAACCCCUUUAAACAUUAGACUAGAUGCAUGCGUUAUUAUAUUGUACAACUCACGUCAUGAAAAUGUUGUUCUGUAUUGUUGUUGUUGUGUUCCAAACGAUCCUACUAAAUGUGAAACUGCAAAAGCUGUGUUGAAGUCAUUGUUUUGCCCCAUGAGAUCUUAGAUUUUCUUCAGUUAUAUGUACUGUAUAAACCAUGUUAAGGUCUCAGAUCACGUCUAAUUUUCACAAUUCGUAUUUUCUGUAGUACAUAGUUCCCUUUCGAUGCAGUUCACUCAACAUCACCUUUGUCUAUUGAUGGACUACACUCUUGAAAUGGAUUACAUCGACUAUCAACUAAUUGCCAACAAAAGCCUUCAUCAGCCAAAUAACAAGGACAAUUGCAUCUAUGUGAACUUCUGCAGUUAAUAUAGGAUGGACUUUAAAGACAUUGGUCAUUAAUCUUACAGUUCAUACAAAAUCUUUGUUUAAACACUGACCCUUAACACUUACUUAGUUUAAUAAUUUUAAACCAUGACUUGCACUAUACAUAAGUAAUAUUAGCAUUAAAUUCAUGAUGUUAGCCAGAGGGGAACUGGCCCCCACAGUGAGUCUGGUUUAGGGUUAGGGUGAGGUUAGUCAGAGGGGAACUGGCCCCCACAGUGAGUCUGGUUUAGGGUUAGGGUGGGGUUAGUCAGAGGGGAACUGGCCCCCACAGUGAGUCUGGUUUAGGGUUAGGGUGGGGUUAUUCAGAGGGGAACUGGCCCCCACAGUGAGUCUGGUUUAGGGUGGGGUUAGUCCUAGGGGAACUGGCCCCCACAGUGAGUCUGGUUUAGGGUUAGGGUGGGGUUAUUCAGAGGGGAACUGGCCCCCACAGUGAGUCUGGUUUAGGGUUAGGGUGGGGUUAGUCAAAGGGGAACUGGCCCCCACAGUGAGUCUGGUUUAGGGUUAGGGUGGGGUUAGUCAAAGGGGAACUGGCCCCCACAGUGAGUCUGGGUUAGGGUGGGAUUAGUCAGAGGGGAACUGGUCCCCACAGUGAGUCUGGGUUAGGGUUAGGGUGGGGUUAGGCAGAGGGGAACUGGCCCCCACAGUGAGUCUGGUUUAGGGUGGGGUUAGUCAGAGGUGAACUGGCCCCCACAGUGUGUCUGGUUACGGUAAGGGUGGGGUUAGUCAGAGGGGAACUGGCCCACACAGUGAGUCUGGUUUAGGGUUAGGGUGGGGUUAGUCAAAGGGGAACUGGCCCCCACUGUGAGUCUGGGUUAGGGUGGGGUUAGUCAAAGGGGAACUGGCCCCCACAGUGAGUCUGGUUUAGGGUUAGGGUGGGGUUAGUCAAAGGGGAACUGGCCCCCACAGUGAGUCUGGGUUAGGGUGGGGUUAGUCAAAGGGGAACUGGCCACAACAGUGAGUCUGGUUUAGGGUUAGGGUGGGGUUAGUCAUAGGGGAACUGGCCCCCACAGUGAGUCUGGGUUAGGGUGGGGUUAGUCAUAGGGGAACUGGCCCCCACAGUGAGUCUGGUUUAGGGUUAGGGUGGGGUUAGUCAAAGGGGAACUGGCCCCCACUGUGAGUCUGGUUUAGGGUUAGUCAUAGGGGAACUGGCCCCCACAGUGAGUCUGGUUUAGGAUUAGGGUGGGGUUAGUUAGAGGGGAACUGGCCCCCACAGUGAGUCUGGUUUAGGGUUAGGGUGGGGUUAGUCAAAGGGGAACUUGCCCCCACAUUGAGUCUGGUUUAGGGUUAGGGUGGGGUUAGUCGGAGGGGAACUGGCCCCACAGUGAGUCUGGUUUAGGGUUAGGGUGGGGUUAGUCAGAGGGGAACUGGCCCCCACAGUGUGUCUGGUUUCUCCCAAGGUUAUUUUUCUCCAUUAACCAACAUCUUAUAGAGUGUUGUGUUCCUUGCCACAGUCGCCUUCGGCUUGCUCACUGGGGUUAUAAAUACAAUUAUUAUUUAACUAUUUAAUUAUUUAUUUGUAUACAUAAUUUACAAUUACACAAUGAGGACUCUUAAGACUUUAUUGAUAUUACAGUUUCAUUUUCUCGCUAAGGGGAAUUCCUUUGACCUAGUUGAAACCCUUGCAUAGUAACGCCAAUCCUCUGAUUGCCAAUGUUGUUUGAGCCCUGCCCCUUUAGACCUAUAUAAGCAGGCGCUCAAUCACCAUUUCUUCAGAAUUUUCUUUUUUCAAGACUGCAAACAUCAUAUUAGUCUUGUAAAUCCUCUCUGCUUUGCCAUUGAGAUACACCUUCAGCAGACGGGACUUUUCUGCAAGACGCACACAGGAAGACUCUUCACCUGUGCUCCUAGCGGCUGCAGCAAGAAGACUCACCGCUCCCCGUGUGUUCCGGUGUAGAUUUUUCCGCCCCGCUGUCAAAGAUGCUCUCGGUGAAUGGGUUCUUCACUUCAGAAACUUGCUGUUGAACAAUGCGGUGCUUCAGCUGGAGACCUACCCGCUUCACACAGUACUCCAGCAGGAGUUUCUGGUCUCAUGGAAACUGUGCUCACUGCAAAGGCAUUAAUCUUCAGAUGUUACACUACGAUAGCCUCACGAUCCAGCCUCCUGUGCACCUCACACCCACCUCUUCUGUUUUAAGUCCUGAGGGACCUGGUUUAGCACUCCACAGCAUGGUGGUGCUCCAGGUUUAUCAGGCCAAACUUCUCAAGCAAAUGGAUGAGCAAAGCACAGAUUCAAAGCUGUUCAAAGAGCUACGAACCGCUUCAGAUUUGGUGCUGCAAGCCACAAAGGCUACCGCUCAGGCCAUCGGAAAAGUGAUGAGUAUCCUGGUGGUAUCCUCUCACCCGGCCCUCUCUACUUCCGGUCAAUGCCUGGCUAAAAACCCCACUCUUGCUGAGACUGUUCCGAACUGCAAUGCCCACAGCGGUCUGUAUUUUCUUUUUCAGAAGAAAGGUGGAGGGAUUCGGUCCAUUCUAGGUCUGAGAUGCUUGAAUCGCACACUUGUGAAGCACCCAUUCAAAAUUAUAUCGCUGACAUAGAUCUUAUCGUACAUCUGUCCUCAAGACUGGUUUGCGUUAAUGGAUCUGAAGGACACGUACUUUCAUGUGCCAAUUGCGACAAGUCACAAGCGGUUUUUGAGAUUUGCGUUUGAGGGAACUGUGUAUCAAUUCAAAGUCCUUCCCUUCGGUCUGUCUCUGGCUCCCCAUACGUUCACGAAAUGCAUCAAUCGUAUACAGCUACUAGCUGUCUUAACUAGACUUGAAGGCUUUUCAUUCUAACAUAGUGAAUCACCAUGUUCUGAUUAAUUCUGACAAUAUGACAUUAGUGCCGUACAUAAAUUACCAGGAUGGAAUUCGAUCACCGCAAUCUGUUAUCACCCCAAGGAGCGUUACUGGGUGAUAGAGACUUCAUCCUCAGAUGGCUCUAAGAAUUUGAGAAUAUUCAGCAAAGUGGAAGUUGACUUAUUCGCUUCUGCAGAGAAUGCCCAAUGACCCCUCUGGUACUCCAUGUCCCAAGCCCUGCUGGGUUGGACACCUUGACCCACAAAUGGCCUGCAAAUGGCCUGCAAAUGCAAGUAUGCGUUUCUCCUAUAUUCUGUCAUCAGCCAAUUCAGAGAGGACAAAGAAACCGUUCUGCUGGUUGCCUGGCAAAGACCCCUUGAAUUGCUCCAUAGAUGAGAUCCUAACAUUCCCUCGAGUGGAUGGAUGCUGGUCUUACCCCAUCGAUGCUUAAGGUUUAUCUAGCGACUAUCUCGGAAUAUCACGCCCCAGAGGCUGGCAGACAUGAUAUAGUCAUAAAUUCCUUAGGGGAGCAAGGCGCUUGAAUCCCCCCCACACCCUAGUUUUAUGCCGACUUGGGACUUAAAUGUGGUGCUGAAGGCACUCGCUAUUGGGUGCCCUGCGUGCAGACUCACGGUCCGGCCCCACCCUCCUCCUCGUCACAGUGCCUAAGGAAUUAUCAAUGGCCUUCGGGGCUCAAGUGGUCCGUUUACACGCCACC